GUGUCCACUGACCUAUAAGCUCAAGACGUACAGUACCACCUCCUCUCUGUUUAUUUACCUUAAAAACUCACCCUCCUCCCUGUUGCUCUCAUUUCCUCUCAUCUGUAGUCAGCUUGUCGUCUUGUUGGAAAACGGCAGAGUUCUAAUAAUUCGAGCAGAAAGUCCAGUCAGAUCAGAGCAUCAGUCUUCAUCACCAUGUCACUCCAGCCUGUCCAAAAUCGCUUUACAGGAGCCUACAUGCAGCUGAUGAAGGGUUUGAAAGAGUUAGACUUCCGUGACUUUGGUGUUCCCAGUGACCUGCUUCUGAUUGGAGACCAUGCCUUUCCUUUGGCGAUGAACAGCCGAGGCCAGGUGCUGAUGGCUGCGUCUCUGCACGGCAAGGGAAGGAUUGUAGUUCUGGGUCAUGAGGGCUACCUGAGAGCCUUUCCAGCUCUUGUAGAGAAUGCUCUGACCUGGCUGAGCGGAGAUCAGUCCAACAACCGGUCUGUGGGGAUCCAGAAAAAGGCAAUGGCAUUUGUUAAGAACCUCAACAAAUCCCGCUUCCAAGUCAAAGAGGUGGGGGCUUUUAGUGAAUGUCCAGAGGUUGGUGUUUAUGUGACAGACGCCUACACUGUGGGUGCAGACCACAAGGACCUGGUGGCGUUUCUGAAAGCUGGAGGUGGUGUGCUGAUAGCAGGACAGGCGAGGAGCUGGACUAAGAGUCACCCGAAGAAGAACACGCUGCUUGAGUUUGAAGGGAACAAAGUUUCGGGGGUGGCAGGGAUCUACUUCUCUGAUCGUCACGGUGAGAAAGAGGUCGUGCCUGUCUAUCCUCACAUCCCAUCGUCCUGGAUGUCUCUAACAGUUGGUCAGGAUUUUGAGGACGACUUACAGUUCUUACUCAAAGGCGUUUCAGAGUUUGAUGUUCGGGGCGGAGCUCUGUUUUCUGAGAUUCUGGUCCACGGCUCACUCGCCUUUCCCAUCGGAACCACAGAUGAAGGACAGGCGUUCCUGGCAGGAGCUUAUUAUGGACUGGGAAGAGUCAUUGUCAUCUCACAUGAAGGAUUUAUCGGAUCAGAGAAAAUGGCCAAGUUUUGGAAUAAUGCACUUGACUGGUUGGAUAACGGUCGACAUGGGGUUGUUGGUGUAUCGACUAAAAAGGCUUUCAAUCAUCUCAGCAAGUGUGGGAUAAAGUGUGAGAAGACAAACUUCAGGAAAGACCUGAGUGUGUUUGUGCGUACGGUGUACUGCGCUGAUCGUGCAAAGCAAAUCCUGGACUUUGUGUCGGAGGGAGGAGGCCUGGUGAUCGGUGGACACGCCUGGUACUGGGCACAGACACACUGUGGGCAAAACCCAAUGACAGGAUUCGCAGGGAACAAUAUCCUGAAGAAAAUGGGCUUGUGUGUGAUGGGAGCAACGGUUGGAGGGGGUUUAUACAAAGCUCCCGUUUCAAGCCAGGCCUUAAAAGACACCUACCAUUUCCGUGUCCUUUUACGUCGCCUUGCUGACCACGUAAUAAAUGGAGAAGCACUUUCUACGCGAGAGGAGAAACACCUUCAUAGGUUGGGCAGGAACUGUUCCUCCUACUUGGACAUGAAGGCUCAUGAUUGGUACUCCUAUGCACAAGUUGUGUCUGCUCUGACUGAAAUCUUAAGGACGUGUGGAAUGCCACAGGUUGGUGAAGACUGCCCUGCAAAGAGUCCCAAAGACCACAUGCUCCUUUUUGUGGGGAGUAAGUUUUAUGACGUCUGCCCAAAUCCUGAGGCCCUGUUGCCCUACCUUGUCAAGGUGAAACCUCUGACGCCCGUCAUUUAUAACCAAAGGAUCAAGAUAAGCGCGAACACAGCAGGAUGGAAGGAGUGGAUCAGCACAGGUCUCUACCUCUCUCCUGGUAUGAAGACCUACAUUGCAAUUCCAGCAGAGAUGGUCAACAGUGGAUGGACGAUCCAGAUCGGCUGUCAGACAGACAGACUGAACCAUGCAGAGUUGAAGAGGGCCCCGAGUGUUCAUGUGCAAUUUGACAUCACCAAAGAGAUGAUGAUGGUGAAGAACCUGUGGGGGGGGCUCAUCUACCUGGUGACCCCAAAGAAAACACAAGUGAAUGGUGCAGAGGUCAUAGUGCAGAUGGCUUUACCUGCACCGUAUUAUAAAUCAGGCGUGACAACAGCAGCUGAAUGGGCCUUGCUGCGCACUGCUCCCUCGCCGUGGGCAGAGCUGGAGUUUGACAACAUCAUCCUCACAGUGCCGUCGGGUCAUGUUCGGAAACUGGAGCGCCCUGAUGAGUUGGCUGAGCACUGGAACACCAUCAUGAGGGCCGUUGCUGACCUCGCAGCCAAACCACACAAGUUCAAGCGCAAAGAGCGCAUGGUGACAGAUGUGCAGAUUUCCCAUGGACUGAUGCAUGCAGGUUAUCCUAUCAUGAUGCACAAGCCCGAAGCAGCUGAGCUGGUCAGCAUUGACGUUGCCAUGAAGCGCGGUCUGUGGGGGCCCAUCCAUGAACUGGGCCACAACCAGCAAAGGAGCUGCUGGGAGUUUCCAUCACACACCACAGAGUGCACGUGUAACCUGUGGUCAGUGUAUGUGCAUGAAGAGGUGCUGGGGAUCAAGAGGGCAAAGGCUCACCCAGUUCUGGCUUUGGAAAAGAGGAACAAACGAGCAAAGGAGUUUGUUACGGGGGGCAGAAACCUCAACAGCUGGCAGAUGUGGGUGGCUCUGGAGACGUAUCUGCAGCUCCAGGAGAGGUUUGGCUGGGACGCCUUUAAGAAGGUGUUUGCUGCGUAUCACAAGAUGAGCAACUUUCCCACCCGCAAAAUACUAAAGAUGAACCUGUAUGCUGAGACUUUCUCCAAGACUGUGGGGAUGAACCUUGUUGGAUUCUUCCAGGCCUGGGGUUGGCCCAUCCAAGCAGCCACAGAGGAGAAACUCUCCAACCUGCCGUCAUGGACUGACCACCCCAUGGUCCAGUACAACUGAAAUGCACAACUAACUCGACACUGUGUUGCUAGCACCUGCUAGUGCACAGCAGCAGGUUGAAUUGCACUUAUUCUCACGUGUGUUGACAGCAUGCUAGAAGUGCAACUGUUUUUCUUUCCUAUGAUGAGGUGAAGUGUAAAAAGAGGAUGGAUAUUGAUGUCUCAUGUCAAUGUAUUUCUUAUUCAACGUCAUUUCUGUGAGGGGAGUGUGGAUCAUAAAAAAACAGUUUUGUCAGUU